CAGUUGUUCAUCACAGAUUAACUAUUUGAAGUUUUAUCCUAUGGUUCUAGGUUAAUAUGACAAAUUUGAAAACUUAAAAAUAUUAAUAAAUCAAUAUUGAGCUGAACUCGAAAGGAAACAUAAAUGUUUGGCUGUUAUUUAAAUGACCUUAUUUUUCUAAUACUUCUCAAAAUGUGCCAAAAGUUUACAAAAUAGACCAAUUGGAAACUAAAUGGCACCGCCCCCAGUUGUUACAGGAUUGUCCCCGAACGAAGGGCCUCCAGGUACAAAAAUCAAAAUAAGAGGUGAACACUUUGGUACCCAACCUUCCGAUCUCAUUGGUCUAACAAUAUGUGGCAUGGACUGCCUCCUAACUGCAGAAUGGAAAUCCCAAACAAUGAUAACUGCUAUUUCGGGACCUAUAAAAGUUCAAGGGGACGUUAUUGUGACUACCAAGUAUGGUGGAACUGGAACUUGCAACGUAAUAUUCAAAGGAUAUCUUUUAACAUCAAUAGGACCCAUGAAAGAGAGUGCAGUUUGGGUCGAGGAAACGCCAAUGUACUCGUGGGGCAGACAUUCUCUGAGUCCUAGUAGCUUUCAACAAGAAGACCCAUUAGGAUUGUCAGUUGAAGAAAAUGAAAAUAAAAUUAAUGAAGAACAAUUAACAAGUUAUUUUCCAGGGAAAUCUGGAGAUAUUGGUAGCACACAAUUUUCUCCAAUUUGGUUUCUGUUAGAAAACCACCAAGCAACAAGUUUCAAUGAUCUGCAAGCAGGAUUGGUACAUCUCCGUAGAAAAGUCCAGGGUCAAAAGGAGGGCCAGUUAUCAUUUCUUAAGGCCAAUAUAGGUUCUGUGAUGGAACAAGUUGAUACCUUGGUUAACCUCAAAGAAAAAUUUGAAAGAGAUAGGUCCCAAUUUGGUAAUGAAACUACUCUGAAGUUGGAAAAGUCAAUAAAAGAAUCUGAACGUGAAGCACGGAAAUUGUUUGAUGAUGUCUUGGCUAGAAAAGAUCGUGCUGAAAAGACGAGAAAUGCACUAAAUGUACUAUCAAGAUUCAAAUUUCUGUUUUGUCUACCUUGUGUUAUUGAUAGAAACAUCAAAAAGGGGGAAUAUGACAUAGUAAUAAAUGACUAUAUGAGGGUUAAAAAUCUAUUCCAUAAAACAGACAUACCGAUUUUCAAGGAAGCCUUAAAUGAAAUAGAAAGGCGAAUAGUGGAUUUACAAAAAAAACUUCAUGAGGAUCUUCAGACAAUGCCUAUUACCGUUGAACAACAAAAACGUCUCAUUCGUUAUCUAAUCAAUUUAGAUUCUCCAUAUGAUGCAGCUUGGGAUGCAAUCAAAAGUAGAUCAGAAUAUAUAAAUGAUAAGUUCAAAUUUAUUUACAACUUUCAUAAAUCUCUGGACAAAGCUGACAGCACAAAAAAAACAAAUUCUACUUCAAAGUACUCUAAAUACAAUACCUCACAAGUGGAGUUGAAUGUAGUUCCUGUUUGUGUUAACUUUACCGAUGAAAUUUGUUCAACCCUUUCUGAAAUAUUUCCUGAUAUGUGGAAAAUUGGUCAGGCAUAUUUUUCAGGAGAAUUACAAGUAAAAGUGGAAGCAGGACGUCAGGUUGAAUAUAAACACAUGGUUUUGUCAGUCAUUGAAACAUUCUGCAAACAUGUUCGAGCCAGUAUAAUUCCAAACACACUUGACAAAUCUGAACGAACUCAGUUUGGUACUUUGAGUAUUCCUGAGCGUGAUGAAGUUGCCAUUUAUCUACCUGAACUAUUACGAUCUGUACGUUCUACUUAUUCAACAUUAAUCAAACUAGAUCUACCAAAUGAAGCUCUCGAUAUAGUUAAUUUUCUCCUACUUGAUCUGCGGAUACAUUGCAUGAGCAUCCUUUUCCAGCAAACUACAGAACAAAUUAAGCAGCUCACGGAAGACUGGAGAAUAAACUUCAGUGGAAAGUAUUCAGGUAUCACUGAAUUACCUUUGAAGUUUUUGCAGUUAGUUGAAGAUGUUAUGCAAAUUGUGAAAGAAUCUGCUUUAUCAAUAGAGCAGAGAGAAAGCUCUUUACUGGAAAACAACUCUGCUCAAAAAGAAUUAGAACGGCAAGUCAACAACAUUGUGUUAUCAUUUCAUAAUGUAUUAAACAAUGUUUCUUCUGAAGAUGAUGAUGAGUGUGAUGAUUCAUCACCAGUGGUUUCACAACUAAUUGGUACUCCUGUGAGCUCCCAUAAACUUGGUUCAUCAGGACCAAAAAUUCCAUCAUGGGAACAUAGACUAUUGAUCACUUUAUCUAAUUGCUUAUUCACAAAGAAUACUAUUCUAGAUGAAAUUGCAUCUAAAUUCAAAGAUACAGGAUUUUCAUCUGUAGAAUUUCCAAUCAGAACAGCUAAAGUAAAAUUCCAUCAACUGGAAAAGUCAAUACUUGAUAAGUAUUUAGAACAGAAAAGUGAUCCUUUGGUUGGUACCAUUGAGCCUUCAAUGUACCUAGGCCGUUUUGAUUGGGACAUCAAUAUAUCACCAACAGAUAUGCGGCCUUAUGCAAAAGAAUGCAUAAACAACCUGAUUAGCGUUCUGUCAGAGGUAAAUAAUAUAUCAGGAACUCUUUUAGACAGUGUCUUACCGAGGAUCGUUGAAACAAUUUCUGAAGAACUAUAUAGACUCAUGUCAUGCGUCCAAAAAUUUAGCAAAGAGGGAAACCAGCAGGCCAGAAUUGAUGUAGGUGCGCUGCAGGACUUUUUUCAGGAUUAUAUAUCCGAUGAUGCCAAAGGAUACUUUAAAGAAGCUUUGGAUGCCUUACCAUUAUUAGAAAAUUCUGAAAUGACUAUUGUUGAGGAUACUUUGAGGCAGUGUAGAGUUAGAAUGAAAACACAGGUUCUGUGUCUGAAAAAACAACUUUGAUAAAGAAAUGUAGAAAUAUUUUUAAAUGUAUGAUAAAAAACUAUAUUGUAAAUACAUAAAUGUAAAAAAGU